AUGACUAACGUUGCAUCAGGACAGAAGCGUCCCUGGGAUGGUUCAGAGAAUGAGGCAAACAAGAGGCCAAGAGACAAAGACGAGGCAAAGGAUUGGCGGGAUGUGUAUCUGAGAUCUCCUGGACGCAAGGCUUCGCAUGGAAGACAACACAGUAACGAUAGACGAAGUCCUGGACGCCAUGAUACCGGGAGUAAAGGUGGUGCGUCAGGAGGCCGACGGCGAAGGGGUUCCGACUUUCGAAGGUCGAGUGACCAUCAUGAGAGGGCCAAGGAUGAUCGGGGAUACAGCAAAAAUGAACGCCGACGGGAUGAUCGACAGAGGUCAAGGUCUCAGGUCCGGCGUAGUAGGAGUCGGUCUCGUGGAGAAAUUGAAGAAAAAGAGGAAGGCGAAAUAUCUCCUCGAAGAUCGCGCUCCCCGCCACCCCGACCGAUGCACGCAGAAAAUGACCAGCCAACAGAAAGAGCCCAACCAGAAACGAAGGACGUUGAAAUGGAACUGGACUUGCCAUCUUCACCACCUCCGGUAGAGGACGUCCUUGCUGCCCGCAGGGCCAAGCGUCAAGCCAUUAUGGCUAAGUAUGCAGGCGUUGCCAGUGUCUCUACCAGCAUUAGCCCUAGUCCUGGGCCUAGCAGUGCGGUCCAGCCGCCUACGCCAUCAUUAUCUGUUUCUAAUCCUGUAUCACAGACCCCGCUUCGCAGCGAACAUGCAGCUUCCACUGAAAAUGGUCAAAUUGAUGAGGCGACCAUUCGACGAGAUUCUGCAUCGGUAUCUCCGACUCCACGCGAUUUCACACUCGCAAAAGAUGGUGGAGAAGAACCAGGCAUUGAAAAUACGGGGGCAGAGCAAUUUUCGGCUGCAGAUUACGAUCCUAGCCAAGAUAGGAGGGAAGAAGAACGUAAACGAUUUGGAGACGUUCAGCCAAUUGAAUUAUCUGAAGAAGAAGAAGAGGAGGAGGAGGAGGAUGUCGAUGAUAUAUUUGCUGUUGCUUUUUCUGACAAAAAGGCUCCCAAGAAAAAAAAGAAAGUGAUAAAACCGAGUGCACCCGCACUAAUAACUACUGCUACUCUCGACACUGCAGCUGAUCCAGAAGGAUAUUACAGUGUUAUUUUAGGUGAACAAUUGGAUGGGGGCCGGUAUCAAGUUUUUUCCUCCCUUGGUAAAGGGAUGUUCGCCAAUGUUGUCCGAGCUCGUGUCCUUCAAGGUGAUUCCGGCGAUACCGGGAAGGAAGUUGCAAUCAAAAUCAUCCGUUGUCAGGAGUCUAUGUAUCGAGCGGGCCUUAAAGAGGUGCAGAUUCUCAAUAAAUUAAAGCAGGCCGAUCCAGAAGACAAAAAGCAUGUCGUCCGACUUGACCGAACAUUCGAACAUCGCGGCCAUUUGUGUUUAGUCUUUGAGUCCAUGAGCAUGAAUCUCCGCGAUGUUGUCAAACGUUUUGGCAAGGAUGUUGGGCUAAACAUCCGAGCCGUGCGUGCUUAUGCUCAUCAACUAUUUCUUGCCCUAAGCCUCCUGCGCAAAACUAACAUCAUGCAUGCUGAUAUCAAGCCAGAUAAUAUUCUGGUUAAUGAGCAAAAGACACUUUUGAAGUUGUGUGAUCUUGGGUCUGCGUCUGAUGUCUCUGAAAAUGAUAUCACACCCUAUCUUGUCAGCAGGUUUUAUCGAGCACCAGAAAUCAUCCUCGGAGUACCUUAUGAUUUUUCCUUGGAUAUCUGGUCAAUUGGGUGCACCCUGUACGAGCUCUACACUGGAAAAAUCCUCUUCCCAGGACGUUCCAACAAUCAUAUGCUACUUCUGAUGAUGGAGCUAAAAGGAAGGUUCAACAGCAAAAUGAUCAAGAAGGCGAAGUUCGGCGACGUCUAUUUCGAUGAGAUGGGCGGGUUUGAAAGCGUCGAAAAAGACCGGAUAACAGGCAAAGACGUUGUGAGAAAAGUUCACAUCGCUAAACCGACUCGCGACUUGCGUGCACGAUUAAUGCCUUCAUCAUCGGCCAAAAUCAACGAUGAGGAGAAUAAGUUGUUGACAUCGUUCAUCGAUUUGCUCGACAAAUGUCUCUCCCUGGACCCUACUCGCCGAAUCAAUCCUAGAGAAGCUCUAGCACAUCCGUUCAUCCGUGGUUGA